AUGGAUUCUCAAGAGCUUUUUCGUGAUGGCGAGAAGUCCGUUCUCAGCCAGCCUCGCGAUCAAUUGAGGACGCAUCGGAAGCGUCGUCAAUUCUUACACGGAGUGAUUCUGGUUCUUCUCGUCUCUGCCUGGUGGUAUUCUGAUAGUAUCAUGAGUCUUGUCUGGCCUAGUCCACAACGCCGUCUCACAGAGAAAGCUAUUGAACGAGAUGUGGACUUCGCUGACAUUGUACCAAGUGAGAAACUUGUCUGGCAUCCAUGUUUCGCCAGCAAUUUCUGUGCUCGUCUCACUGUGUCUAUGGACUACCAUCGACCCCUGAACGAGUCGAAAGAUAAUCCUAAAGUUCACAUUGCACUGCUCAUGGUCCCAGGAAAGCAUCCAAUAUGGGAAAAGCAAUCAAAAUCACCUUUGCUGAUCAACCCUGGUGGACCGGGUGGUGCUGGAACUAUGGCUGCAUUGGCCUUUGGACCUUAUAUCCAGAAGGUUGUAGGCGAGUCCCAAGACAUUAUCGGCUUCGAUCCUCGUGGUAUCGGAGCCACAACUCCUAGGGCCGAUUGCUUCUCCUAUCCUGCACCGGGAACGCAAGAUGAAGACCAGGCUCGUGGUUUAUUCCAUCGAUUGAUGUGGCAGCUUCAAGGAACAGAAAUUGGUCUUGUGAAUUCCAGCUCUGACUCUUUGGCCAAGUUGGACACUCGGGCAAGAGCUCUGGCAAAGUUGUGUGAGAACAAAGAUGAACUGCAUGGCAAAGAUAGUAUCUUGAGAUAUGUGCACACGCCGAGCGUGGCAAGAGACAUGCUCAGCAUCAUUGAUGCUUGGGACGAAUGGACUGAGACACAGCGUGUUGAAUCAUGUCAUCCAGUUCCAGAAGAGAUGAAGUUGUCCGAGGACCCUAAAGAUGAUAGCAAAGCUCUGGAUACCAAAGGGAAGUUAGUUUAUUGGGGAUUCAGUUAUGGAACUCUCCUCGGUGCGACGUUCGCUGCCAUGUUUCCAGAUCGAGUUGGCCGAGUUGUCUUAGAUGGAGUCGUACACGCAGACCACUAUGUUGAACCUGUGUGGGAAGAUAGUAUCCAGGAUGCUGAUACAAUCUUCAACUCUUUCUCAACAUACUGCCACAAGGCCGAAGGCCAAUGCGCAAUGUAUAGAGAUGGAGACAAGCCCGAGGACAUCACGAAGCGGUUCGAGUCUGUCAUGGACAGAAUCAAGAAGACGCCUCUAAUGUUUGCGAACAAAAACUCAAAUAUGCCUCUGAUAAUCACUCACAGUGACCUCAAGAGGCUCAUCUUUGGGACUCUUUAUAGUCCUACAGGGUUAUGGAACAUUAUAGCAACGAUUUUUGACGCCCUUUCAAGGGGCCAAGACAGUGUUCUUGACUCUGGCAUCGUGCCAGAGUUACCCUUGCUUUGUCAAGAUUUGCUCCCAUAUUGGGCGUACCCAACCGAUGCUCAAGAUGCUAUAAUGUGUAGCGACAAGCGAUAUACGCUAAACGAAACCAUUCCUAACCUGCAAGAUCGAUUCGAUCGUAUAUCGAACUACUCGUCGUUCGCAGAUGUCUGGAUGACAGUCAUGAUCGGAUGCGAUAGUUGGGGAGUCAGUCCUGUUGAUCCUCCUAUGCGGUGGGACGACCAUCCUGCUCAUAAGCGCAAACCGAUCAAUACAUCCUUUCCGGUGCUUUUCGUCAGCAACACAUACGACCCAGUCACACCUCUCAGUGCUGGCAUUGCUAUGGCCAAGAAAUUCGUGAAUGCUGGUAUCGUUGAGCAAAAGUCAGAAGGACAUUGCAGUCUUUCGGCGGUAUCGAAGUGUACGAUCAACAAACUCAGAGGCUAUUUCCUGCUAGGACAGGUGCCUCCACAUCCGAGCAAGACAGGCCACACCAUUUGCGAAGCUGAUGAGUGGCCAUUUCAUCCGUAUCGUGGCAAUCCGUUUGAGGCAGAGUCGGAAGAAGCGAGAGCGGAGACGGAAAGGAUGAUUGCUUUCCAAGAAAUGCAGACCAUCUCCCUCCACAUGAUGGAGUUUUGGGGGCAGAAAUCUAUGAAAUUGCCUAUGCACAUGAUUGCUGAAAGACAACCCAAGGAGGCGUUGCCGCGUCUGUUGUGA